CGGCCGUCCGUCGACCGAGGAAAUACGCGACGAGCGGUCGGUCGCGUCGCUCCUCGAACACCACGAAACGCGCCGUUGUGCCGGCGCAUUCGAGAGCGUCGGCUCCGGCGAUCCGUCCAACGGCUCCGGAGAUUAGCGACUCGACGCAGAAGCGGCAGCCGCGCCUCGCCGCGUCGCGCCGCGCCGCGUCGCGCCGCGCCGCGCCACGCCGGGUCAUCGCGGCGACACGCGUUAUCGACGCGUUGCAAAUACGUAUUGUGCGUAUUCUUGCUAUAUAGAAGAAACGCGGUCCAUAAAUAACGCCGGGGCAAUCUCGCCCGAAGAACCGGCGACUCGUCAGUUUUUUCGGUCUCUGUUCGCGGCGCGGCGCGGCACGGCGCGACGUGCCUCGAGAGCCCACCCACCGCUCGCGUUCGGUUCAAUCUCGUUUCGUUUCGUUUCGUUCGUCCGAUUUCGUCCGCGUCUGUGAUUCGCGAUAUACGAGAAUCUCCGACUCCUUCGAACGAUUUUCCGCACGAUUUCUCGCGCCUCGAGUCUCGCGUUCGCGAUCGUAAAUCGAGAGAUUGCAGGGGACUGUUUUCGGAGCCGGUGGUGGUGCCGGUGGUGGUGCCGGUGGUGGUGCCGGUGGUGCCGGAUCGCGGAGAGGAAGACGACCGAGAGCGAACGGUAAACAGCAGUUUGGAUCGUUCCCGCAGGAAUAACGUCGUCGCAGCGUUCCUAGAUGUUCCUUUCGAUCGCCUGGUUCGAGGCGUUCGCCGCGACGCUUCUGGCCGUUCUGAUCCUCGCGACCGGCUAUCGGCCCGCUUGGUGGUUCCGGACCGGAGCGUUUCACAGGAAAAAUGCUCCGACCGAGGAGGAGCCCGAGGGAAGCGAGGGAGGCGAUGGAAGCUGCAAGACGGUGUCCGACGUGCCGGGCCCGUACCCGCUGCCGAUCUUCGGCACCAGAUGGAUAUUCUCGUGGUUCGGUAGCUAUCGGUUGAACAAGAUCCACGAGGCUUACAAAGAUCUGCAUCGACGUUACGGGCCGCUGUGCAAGGAAGAGGGACUGUGGAACUUCCCGGUGAUCUCGGUGUUCUCCCGCCCCGACAUCGAAGCCGUUCUCCGACGAAGCUCGCGGUAUCCGCUCCGUCCUCCGCAAGAGGUGAUAUCCUACUACCGGCGAAACCGUCGCGAUCGUUACACGAAUCUUGGCCUGGUCAACGAACAGGGGAAACUGUGGCACGAUCUUCGGACAGCGCUCACGUCGGAGCUGACGGGGGCCAGCACCGUCCUCGGUUUCUUCCCGGCGUUGAACACCGUCGCCGACUCCUUCGUCGAUCUGAUUCGUCGCCGAAGAACGGCCGGGUACCGAGUAACGGGAUUCGAGGAGCUCGCCUACAAGAUGGGACUGGAAAGUACUUGCACGCUGAUCCUCGGCCGACACCUCGGCUUCCUGAAGUCCGACUCGAGCAAGACGGUCUCCUCGAGACUGGCGGAAGCCGUCCGGGUUCACUUCACCGCCUCGCGCGACGCCUUUUACGGCCUGCCGCUUUGGAAGCUGCUGCCGACGUCCGCGUACAAGCAGCUGAUCGAGAGCGAGGACGCGAUAUACAGCAUCAUCUCGGAGAUCGUCGAGGCGACCAUUCGCGAGAAGCGGGACGACGCCAGAGACGAAUCCGUGGAGGCGGUCUUUCAGUCGAUUCUGGGCCAAAAGAAUCUGGACAUGCGGGACAAGAAGGCGGCGAUCGUCGACUUCAUCGCGGCCGGGAUCCACACGCUCGGCAACACUCUGGUCUUCCUGUUCCAUCUGAUCGGCCGCAACCCACCGGUCCAAGCUCGGCUCUACGAAGAAGCCCGCACGUUGGCUCCGCCCGGCUGCGACCUGGCCGUCGAGGACCUUCGGAAGGCCAAGUAUCUGCGCGCCUGCAUAACCGAAGCUUUCCGCGCGAUGCCCACGACGACGUGCGUCGCACGAAUCCUGGACGAGCCCAUCCAGCUCGCCGGAUAUCAUCUUGCCGCAGGGACCUUGGUGAUACUGCACACUUGGAUAGCCGGUCUCGACGAAGAGAACUUUAAGGACGCCGCGGAAUACUUGCCCGAGAGAUGGCUGGCUCCCCUCGCUCCCCAUUCGCCGAUGCUGGUCGCGCCUUUCGGGACGGGAAGAAGGAUAUGUCCGGGGAAACGUUUCGUCGAGCUCGCGUUGCAGCUCGUCCUGGCAAAGAUUAUCCGAGAAUUCGAGAUUGUCGCGGAGGAGGAGCUUGGUUUACAGUUCGAGUUCAUCCUCGCGCCAGAGAGCCCGGUGUUUCUCGGUUUCCGCGAUCGAACCGCAACGACCUGAACCGCUUCGUUUCGUUUCGUUUCGUUUCGUUUCGUUUCGUUCCGUUUAGUUUAGUUUCGUUUCGUUUCGUUUUCAUCGCGGAUCACGCGCGUUGUAGUAUUUAUACGGGAUCGAGUCGACGAGAUCUCGCGUUCGCGUUUCGGCGUUGUUCUUUUUCGUUUCGUCGGGUGGCCGCUCGACGCCGAACCCGAACGCCGUUUCCACGUAGCCGAAUACCUUUUCACGAGUCGUGUAAAAUAUGUAGAUACCUACCUUUUCUUCGUUAAUACAAUACGAUACGAUACCGACGAA